UCUAAACGAUAACAGAUGAAUAUUUAAUACUCGGUGAAAAAUAGCUAAAAGAAUCAGUGUUUGUUCUGUGUAUGAUUGAAUUGUGCGCAUCCGCUAUUCACUUCAAAAAAAUAAAGAACCACCAAAGAGUAAUACAGAAUACGAAAAAUCGAUCGAAUUCUGACUGUACAGAGAAUACCUCUGUAAUGUAGGUUUCGAUUCCACUGGGAGAAUUAAGGUGGUUCGCUUGUGACUAUACCGGCAAUAUAACUUAGAUUACAGCGUCUUAGAAACGCGUAGUAUGGAAUUAAAAAAACCUAUUUUACAUGUUUUGGUAAUCGGAUUUCACCAUAAGAAAGGAUGCCAGGUGGAAUUCUCCUAUCCACCUUUGAUAGUUGGAUCGGAAGGUAAACAUGAAUGUCCUUCGGGAUGGAAAUAUCUACCGACGCUUGCCCUGCCAGAUGGAUCGCAUAACUUCAAUCAGGAUUUUGUCUGCUUUAACUUACCCAGCUUAGUUGAUCCUCAUGAGUCAAUCUAUGGUAUCAGCUGUUAUCGGCAAAUUCCGGUAGAAGAGCUGAAGAUUCGAACGGCUGACGUUACUAGAAGCACCGUACAAAAAUCGGUCUGCGCAUUGCUGUCAAUUCCUAUAUACGGUUACGUCGAGGUGAAAUUAUCUUUGAUUGCACAUGCUUUUUUCGAACAAGGAGAUUUUUCCUGCACGGAUAUUCUGGUAAAAGCAUAUGAGCAACUGAAUGCUUGUCUCCAGUCGAUGGAUUCACCAGAAUUGGCUCCUACCAGAUUACAUUUCGUUGGUUUACCAUUGCGAGAUCUUGUUCUCAAAUGGCGCCACAAGCUGCUAAUUCUCUAUAAGCUUCUUUUGCUUCAGAAACGAGUGGUUUGUUUUGGUUCUCCAGUCCAACCAAUUUGUUCACUUAUAUUGGGUGUUGUUUCAUUGCACCCUGAAUUGCUAGCGAAGGGUUUCCAAGAAGUUGCCUGUGUUAAAACCUCACGGCCAAUGUCCCCAAUGCCUAGCUUUGGCACUCCUCUUGAAGAAAAAAGAAAUUUGCAUGAAGACCCUUCUAUAAUCUCUAGCUGUGAGCCUACCUUAGAUUCUGCCGCUGAAGGGACACAAGAACAGUACGAGAAAGAAAAUGAUGCUACUAGCAUGGAAGGCACCAAAGAUAUUACACCAGGCUCCGACGAAGUAUCUGAUGAACCCAUAACCGGUACCGACAAAAAUGCUCGACACGGAUUAACGCGGGAAACCAGUGUUGAUACAAUCGCAUCCAAUUUCGCUACUCUGUGUGCCAUCAAACCGGACGAAUGGGAGGCCCCAAUGAGAAUUUUUCACGAGGGGAACCUAUGUCUGCCGUAUAUAUCGUUGCCGUACAUGGACCUGUUGACGGAUCCUUCGGUGAAGGGCUACAUCAUCGGUGCGUCAAAUGUCCUCUUUCAGCAGAAGCGCCAUCUAGCUGAUGUGAUGGUUGAUGUUGAGACAACCGCGAUUGAUGUGUACGAUCUAGAGUUGAAGCGACAGAUUCAGCUGAGCACGGAAGAUUUACGAUUUGUCGAUUUUGUUAUACGGAAUGUACAGAAUCCGAAGGAAGAUGCUGAGGGUAGUGAGUUAUGGAUUAGAGAGCAGUUCUAUGGUUACAUGGUGGCACUACUCAAAUCGUCAGUUUGCUUUGACGGAGCCAAAGAGAUGGAGCAUUUUAAUGUGCAUUUUAUGAUGGGUUUGAAAACUACCCAGUGCUAUCAGGAUUGGAUAGUUAGAAGUGGCGGUGAUAAUAACCAAUCAUUUGAGGGUUUGGCAGUAGGUCAUCCGUUUGCGGGAACGCUCUCCGUGGCUGACAUGAAGCUUCGAAUUGCACAGACUAUGCAAAAUAGCGAAAGCGGACGUAAGUUAAAUCAGGCUGUAAACAGUACUAGUCGUGCCGUUGGAGGUGCGAUAAGUACAGCAAAAGGAGCGUUUUCCACCUGGUGGACUUCGAUAACGGCGCCGGUUCCCACUACAAAUCAACAGGAGCAAUCACAAAGCGCACUAACCAGCAAUGCUCAAGGUGAUAGCAGUGGCCACUUCUCUGACACUAGUACCGAAUCGGAUGAAAACAUCGAUCCGGGUGACUUAGAGAGCGAUAGUGAUAGUUACAAAAGUCAGAAUGAUGCUAACAUAAAAGUUAUGAAGCAGACGGGUGUUUCCGAACAGGAAACAGCGAAAAUCCAGAUGGCGGAGCAUGCAGUAGAGAAAAGCAACAAUAUAAUUGAAAUUGGAAAAGAAGCAGAUGUAUUGGAUCGGCAACAGAAAAUUUUCACGGUUUGAAUAUGUCCCACCUCAUGUUGCCCAACCAACUGGAUCUCACUUCCUGCACAAACAUAUACAAGACAAGCGCUGGCAGUGAUACUCACAAGGCUUGGUCUCAUUUCUAUUUAUAAUGCAACCAUUCCGGCGUUUUAUCGUACAAUUAGAAACAUCAUUGUUAAGUCCAGCUAGUUAUGUAUUAACAUAAAAUGUGGCACAGCCACUGCUAGUACUUAUAACAUUCUUGUGCAGUCACUUUAAACAAUACCGUUCUGUUCGUUCUGCAACUUAAGUUUUAUGGAACAAGCGUGUGAUAUGUUACAAUCGUACAUUUGCAAAAUAGCUCUUCAUUGACAUAAUCUCAUGUACCACUAU